AUGGUGGUGGGCAAGGACGAGCGAAUGGAUUAUUCCUUGUGGAACCCCGCCAAUCUCCACGGAAUUACCCCAAACAGGGCAUGUGUGGGUAAACUCUAUAGUUCCAAGACAAAUUCAUGGAAAACGGUGGAUGCCUCGAUUUGCACCAUUGUGUAUGCGUGUGGAAAGCUUUACUGGUCCACGACGAAUGAUGAGAUUGAGUGGUUCGAUUUGGAGAGCGAAGAGUUUGGGAGGAUGGAGCUGCCCUUUGGUGACAAAUACACGUUGGUGGAUGUGGAGGAGAAGGAGAAGGCGGGGCUUCACUUUCUGUUUGAAGAUGACUCUGAAAUUGGUCAUUAUCGUGUUGAGGUUUGGGUUAUGAACAAGGACCAAUGCUGGUUUAAAGUGGUGAGUCUCCCUCUUGUUUAUGAUGAUAGUUUUCACUCCACUGGUUCGCUGCUGUGUUUGGGUCCCAAUGGAGAGAUUUUGGUUGUGUAUUUUGGGAAUUUAUUUGUUUACGACCCCAGAGAUAAUCUGCUUCGGACAGCCAAGAACACCCUUGAUUGCACCCGAGGUUUUGUCUACGUUGAAAGCUUAGUCUCCCUGCUUCCUCGCAGGAAUGUUGCAAAUCUUAUCCAGCAUUAG